AUGCGGCCAAUACUGGAGGAGAGGCAUCAAUUAAAGGAAGGCGUCCAUGCAGAGGGUAAACAAUCACCAAUUCUUGACGAUGCUAUUGAAUGGUUCGAAAAGGCCGCGAAGGGUCGGCCUUAUGAUCCUGUCGGCGCGCAGCUGAUCCUUUCUGUCGGGGCCAUCCACACCACUUCGGACCUGACAUGUCAGACAAUGACCCAUCUUGCACAAAACCCAGAGAUUGUGGAGCCUUUGCGCAAGGAAAUUGUAGAUACUCUCCAGCAACAUGGUUGGAAAAAGGUCGCUCUGUACAACAUGAAAUUGCUGGAUAGCGUUAUCCGGGAGAGCCAAAGACUGAAACCAGUCACUAAUGUCUCAAUGCGCCGGAUGGCUCUUAAAGAAGUGAAGCUCUCCGAUGGGACGGUUAUCCCGAAGAAUGGUAUGCUUGCGGUAUCGGCACACAAGUUGUGGGAUGAUGACACCUACGAAAAUGCGGCUUCCUGGGACGGAUACCGGUUUUAUAAGAUGCGCGAUGAUCCUGAGCGACAGACUCAGGCACAACUUGUUACAACCGCCCCAGAGAACUUGGCUUUUGGACAUGGCAAACAUGCAUGUCCUGGACGCUUCUUUGCUGCCAAUGAGGUGAAAAUCGUCUUGAUUUAUCUCCUCCUGCGGUACGACUGGAAGCUGUUGGAAGGGACGGUACCAAGGAUUUUCUCUGGUGGGUUUGGCAUGUCACUUGACCCGACUCUGAAAAUUAAGGUUAGAAGGCGUCGUGAGGAGAUGGAAAUAUAA